GCGAACCAUCCGUAAGCACCUGGACGUUCCUGAAUCCGAGAACACCCAGGCAAAAUUGAUGAUCUGCGAGGAUUGCGCCAUUCACGCAGUGGACAGCUCCCUGAAGGCGUUAUGCCGGAGGUCCGUGAGGACGAGAAGCCGACAGACAGUAACAUCCCUCCAGAGUCCGACGCGCCAUUCCGACUACCUCCCAGGUCAUGGCGCUUAACCCUGAUAGGAGGAUGCAUACUACUGGUGGCUGUCAUCGUCAUGGUCACCAGCAGUGAGGAAGAGCUGCGCCAUAAUGGUACUAAAGCCCGCGGCAAUUCUUCACCCGCCUAUGUACGGCAUGUUGAGAAGGGCAGCCCUGCUGAAAACAUCACGAAUAUUAGCAGCACCACUGGCCUACCCGCUGCAUUACGAAAGCCCGCUGUUCAAAUAUAUCACCAAGAAGAAAGCAAGGCUUCGAGAGCGGCCAUCGACAGAAUACUGUUGGAGGCCAAACCGCGGCUUUCGGUCCUUCGUCCUGAAGGAGCCAGACCUCUUUUGUGCGUGCUGUCUCCAGAAGCAAAACACCCGCUUCAAUUUCCCAAGAAGUACUGCACACAUCUCAUCUACUCCGAUGUGGAAUACGAUCUCCGAAACGCCACCUUCACUCCGGUUUGCGAGGCCACAUUCGCCGUCUUACAAACGCUCAAGGCAGGCUCCGGGAUGCAGUUUGUAGUGAACAUGGUCCCACGCACUCUUCAAGUCUUGGCUCGAAACUCCGAAGAGCGAGGACGCUUCACAGAAGCGCUAUCACGCUGGCUCACCUCAUUCGGUUUCAACGGUGUUGCAUUUCUCGGUCAAAUCGAGGAUUCUGCUUCGCUUGAAGCCGCCCUCGUGCCCACGAUGCGCUCUCUAAAAAGUGUUCUAGGACCACUCAAACUUGUGGUUGUCGUCGGCGUAACAGUGCAGGACUGGGAUACAAACCCUGUGCUGGUUGCUCGAAGGCUCGCUGCCGUUGGAGAGCACCUCGACUACCUUAUUCUAGAGACUCAUUACCAGGUAGUCCCGAACAAGAUCUGUCGCACGGCGUUUCCUUCAGUCUUCUACUCUGACGACCGUCAUACUCCAUCCGUACCUAUUACUCGCGCCUUGUCCUGGAUGGCCAGCAUGCUUCUAGACGAGAAGUCACAGGUCAACACAUGUUUCUCGAUGACGCUGGCAGCGCUGCUCUUCAAAGGAGCUAGAAGUCCCCUGGCAGCAUGCAAGACCAGUCAGCUUACCAGUUACAUGAAGGUCUGUAAGGACAUCCAGUGGACUACUGGCGUUACUGCUGACGUGGAUGCUUUCGCGGAGAAACGACUUGGCAACGGACAAGUAGAGUCUCACGAAGCGUCUGCUUUCCUUGCAGCCAAGGUAUCACGUGCGCUCUCUGUGUUCCCGCUCUCGUGCGUCGCUGCUUAUCAAGUGGACAUGGACGAUUACGAAGGCGAAUGUGGAAAACCCUUUGGGCGCCUGGAACUCAUGCGUCAAGCACAAGAAAAGCUCACGGCGAGCGACGUCCCCCUUUCUGAUAUAAACUCUCCAGGACCCGAGACAACCAGUGAGACUUCGCCCAUAGGCAGCACCGACAGUGAACGUCGUCGACGCUGUAUGGCCCGUGGAAAAGAGUCAGCGCGCCCGUUGGUAUGUGUGCUGUCCGACCGAAUCACCGUGCCUCGUAAUUUUACUAAGCAGCAUUGCACGCACAUCGUGCUUUCUCUGCGACGAUAUCCUACAGCCGACGCCAUGCGACAUGUGUCGUCAGACGUUUACCAGCGUCUAAAGGGGCGGGACGUUAAGGUACUGGUCGCUCAGCACGAGGAUGUUCUCCUGCACACAAAUGCUGAGAAACUUGCAGAAUCUACCGCUGUGUUGCUCAGGGGUACGCAACUCGAUGGACUGGCUUUCCUUUACGUCAGUCAAACUGCACCACAGCUUGACAAACUCAAUCUGAAGCUCCAGACCCUGCAUAGUGUGCUGAAGGCAAGCGAUCUCUGUCUGCUGCUCAGUUUGCAGUUAUCCGGGUAUAUCGCUCAGCCAAGAAUCGUUGAUAAGACGCUGCGUGAUGUGUCAAAGAAUGUGGACAUCCUUGUAGUGAAUAGCCACUAUCCUGGAAGCUCCGACGUCUGUCGAGCUGUGCACACAUCCGUGUACAAGCAGAGUCUGAAUUCUUGUAUUCCCAUCGUUGCUGUGGAAACUGCCUUGUCAUGGUUAAAGUUCAUCGCAUCCACUAGCGUGGAUGUACCAUUCCUGUGUUUUUCUGUCGACCUGCGCGUGUUUCGUUAUGCUGCCAGGACGCCACUUGGCAUCUGCGACUCUGAGGAACAGCUAGAGUAUUCGAAAGUGUGCUCCGGAACAGGAUGGAGUACAGUAUACGAUGUCGCCACCGAUAGUCUUAUGCGACGUAAGGAAGCGGAGCUAGAGACAUUCGACACUGCAAACUCUCUGCGGCGGAAGGUAGAGUCGGCCAUAGCAGAUUAUCCAAAAGCGUGCGUCGUGGCGUUCAACUACGACUUCGACGACGUAGUCGGGCUGUGCAAGGACCAGAGACUUCCUGCUAUUCGAGCAGCGCUGGAUCGAACGAUUUACCCCGCUUCGCCAACACUCCGGGAGUACGAUGAACCAGUGUCUGUGCAUGGAGAUUCAUCAAGAGCGGCCUCUAAACCGCUGGUGUGCGUUUUAUCGCGGGUAACUCAUGGGGUGCCUGUCGUUCCACAAGCCGAGUGCACACAUGUCGUACACAGAGAAGUAUGGUACGACAUUCUCGCUGGAACUAUCCACAUCAAAGAAUCUUCCCUAGGUCUUAUAGCAGAGUGGCCCAACAUAAAACAUGUGUUAGAUCUGGGCGGCGAGAUCUUCCUCAACAGCGUGCUGGGUGAUGAGCCAGCCGAGCUCGAAGAAAUAGCCGCAAACAUUGCAGUCUCGUCUCGCCGAAUGCACGUCGACGGGGUGGCCAUUCUCGACUUCAACCGCACGUCGAAGACCAUAGCUUCGCUCGCUCCUGCACUAUCGAUCCUAAGGAAGACUUUAUCUCAUGACCUGAUCCUUAUCCUAGGAUUGGAAGUGCUGGAUGGAUCGCUGCCAACGCGGACCAUGACAAAGCGUUUGCUGAACACGAUAAGGUUCGCAGACAUCACAAUAUUUCAGACCCACUACAGGAGUGGUCGAGGGUACUGCCAGGUGUCCUACCCUUCCGUGUACGAGUACAAGGAAGGCAACCUUGUUCCAUUGGCAACCGCUCUGGAUUGGAUGAAAGACCUGGGGCUACCGCACACAUGCAUCUCCUUUAACAUGGCCGUGCUAGAAUUCGAGAGGCUGAACGGCGACAUCCGCGACUGUCAGAGAAUUUCUUCCCGGAAGUACUCAGAGACGUGCAAUGAGAGUGGAUGGAAGAGUAACGACGAGAUAUCGGAGUCCUUCUCAGCUGUUCGAGAAAAGGGCCCUGUCUGGCAAUCUUUUGAAUCCGUCGAGCUGCUCGGACAGAAGGUAGAACGCGCACUCGCUCAGCACCCAGGCGCCUGUGUGGCAGCCUUCAAUGUUGACCUCGAGGAUGCUACCCCAGCUUGCGAAGCUCAUAAAAGGAGAUUUUCCCGAAUCUCAGCCAUUGCAGAGAGGUACGUCAAGGCUGAAGCCGGCAUUAACCCUGUGUACCAACAACUUCCUCGAAUGACCGAAGGUAGAGCUUCAAUCAUUUCUGCGGAGCUUGUAGGUUCUCCACCACUUCAUCGUGGCAACACUCAACCUCCGAGCAGGGAGCGUCCAGUGGCGUACCAGCGUACGAAUCAAGGCAGGAUUAGUACAGGUCGUCCAUUCGUUUGCUUCAUGAGUCGUGAAUGGGUGGGAGCGAACAACUCUCCUCCGAGUCAAUGCACGCACGUCGCCUUGUGGCAAGAGACAGCUGGAGUGAAAGAAGUCCUUGCCGAGUUAAAACGACGGCUGAAUUCUCAAGUUGAGUACUUAGUUGCUGAAGAACAUUUCAUGGAGCGGAAUAACACUCGGUUGGCUCUCGCGGCUAGUGACUUCAACGGCGUAGCCAUUGUCAACCUCCGGAUCCGUUCCAUCGCUCUCGAAUCUCUUGGUGAUGCUCUGGAGAGCUUCCGACACAUUUUGUCUAAGGAACACGUACUGGUCGUGGGACUGGAACUGUUAGAUUUUCACCAGGACGCCGACUUGAUUGCUAAGCGUCUAGAAUAUGUUCACAAGCAAGCCGACAUAGUCAUCUUUCAGACUCACUUUAGGAAAGGGAGCUUCUGCCGAACGGCCUACCCUUCCGUGUAUCACCCAUCAGUUGACAACUGUACUCAAACACCGCCUAUUGUGGUGGUGCUCCGAUGGAUGGAACUCGUGUCCUUCCCUAAUAUGUGCGUCUCAUUCAACUUCGCUGCUCUGCGGUUUCAUCUCUCUCGAGGUCCCGGCAUCGGAGAACUGUGCCAGAAUGUUGAGGAGAUCAAAGAUCUGUGCGGUACCGAAGAGUGGAAGAAAUCGGAGGACGGGCAGUACUCUUUGGCUGCCAGCCGUUACCUAGGAGACAUCUGGAUCUCGCACGAAACAGAACGGCUUCUCGAACGGAAGAUAAGCGGAGCGACGCAGAUCGACCCUAAGAUGUGCGUGGCUGUUUUCAACACGGACUUCGACGGGAGCAGUACAUGCCGCAAAGCGGCCUACAGUCGUGUGAAUGUUUCGGCCGUUGCUGCGGGCUACAAGAAAAAGGAUCUUAACGUGCAAGAACCCAACGUGGCUCGGCAGUGGGGACCCUUGCACAAGCUGAGGAAACUAGUGUGUGUCUGUACCGGUAGCGAGAACCCGAACGACAUGCCGGCAGACUACUGCGACUACUACGUGUACGGGUUCAUAAACUAUGGCACCAGCUACAUCCACAUCUUCCCCGAUGUUGAGAGCGUGCGGCUGAUGCAGAGAUUUAAGCGACCAGGAGUGAAAAUAUUGGCAGCUUUCGUGCCGAACAAGUUUCUGACUUUACUCAAGUACAUGGCAGACGAAGUCCAAGGAGACAUUUUGUUUCACAAGGUGGUCGGCUGGUUGUUCGAAUACAACCUCGACGGAAUGGGGACGGUCUACUUCAGGGCGAAUUGGAGCGAGUUGGACUCUUUGUCAGUCUUCAUUCAUCGCCUAGGGUGCAAGUUGCAUUCUGCUGGCUUCGAGUUCGUCAUUGGCAUAACGAUUACUGACAUGCAAGAAGCGCCAAUGACAAAGGCUAUUGAAGGCAUCAGAGUGAUAGCCAGGUCUGUUGACAUUCUCAUCCUAGAGAGUCACAUGGGUUACGAUUACCCCAAGGACUGCCAUGUACACUUUCCGAGUCGGCAGAAACUCACGGAACCGAAUCUGGGAGAUAGUGUCACUAUUGACAGUGUCGCCCAACACGUUAAGCUUCUCAGCGAUGCUGGCGUUGAAACACCCAUCUGCUUCUCCUUAUCGAUGGGGGUGCGCACCUAUGAACUUGAAGCUAAAUCAAGACAUGAAAGACCUGGGGCUACAUGCGACGUUUUCAGAUACGACAAUUAUAGCGUCACAUGCGACACUACGGAACACUGGUCCGUUCCCGCAGUUAACGCUCACGCCCAGUCCACUUGGAGAUGGAAACCACGCAUCGUACAGACCUACGACAGCAAGGAAAACAUCUUUGCUAAGGUGCUAGCAAGCAACACACACUGCGCGGCUGUGUACGAGGUUGAGCUCGACGACCCCUACGAUGCUUGUAAGACCGGCGACAAGUUCCCGCGGAUCCAAUCCGUCCAUCAGUCAUUCGAGACCAUAGCUAAGUUAUGGCCAGAAUCGAAGAAAAUUAUAACGGCAGACGAACCGGUGUUGAUCUGCGUUGUUACUGACAAGAAGCCGACUGUAAACGCUCCUUGCGACCAUUUUGUGUACUAUGCUGCCCGGUACGUCGGUGGAGAGGUGGGCCUUGAAGACUCAUCGGACAUUCCGUUACCCAGUUCUCCCAUGGCGCAGUUUUUGGGGCAAGGCGACAACGAUCGCCGCUUCGUUUCCCUCACUCCACAGAAUCCUUCGUGGUUCCAGGAGAUGGAACGAGACAACAGCGUGAUGACUGAAUUUGGGUCCUCCGUCACUAAGUUCCUGCUGAAGCACGCCCUUCGCGGUUUGGCGUUUCUGAGGCUACACAUCUACGGCGAGGAUGCUUCAGACAUGUGGCGUUUCUUACAGAGAGCGCACUGCGACCUAUCCCUUAGCGGUCGGAAGAUCAUGCUUGGCAUCCACCUUAAAGACGACGCGUCACCCACACUCCUGGCUGAUCUCAAGAGCUUGAGCAGGACGGUGGAUAUCUUCAUUGUGGAAACUCACCUGGAACCCUUCCCCACCGCUGCCAACUGCGUGACUCGGUAUCCGACCAGCGUGUUUGGCACCUUCGCCGACGCUGGUACUAUCCCCAUCCAGUUGGCCACAAAGUGGUUCAGCGCCUUGCCCAAGACACAACCCUUGCUCUGUUACUCCGUUUCCAUGGCAGCCUUUCAAUUUGACAAUUCGUGGGCCCCCGUCGGGGGCCCCUGUCAAGGGGUCAAACUGGUCGACAUCAGUGAGACUUGCAAGAAAGGGCACCCACCUGCACGAACCAGUCACUUGGCUGUCUCCAGUUUCCAGACUACGAGAAGCACAUUAACCACAUAUGACUCCAAGGCCGACCUAGUUAUCAAGGUCGACUUUGCAAACACACCAUGUGUGGCUGCCUACGAUGUGGACUACGACGAUCCCGAGGGUGUUUGCGAUGUCCCCGUGACGCGCACGAAGAUGCUCAAUGAGUCACUCUAUGAACUGGCCAAAUCCUACGAGCUGACCCGAGAGGAAUAUGCUCCACACCGGGCAAUGAGGCCCCUGAGCACUGAACAUACUAUGAUAUGUGUCUUCUCCGAAGAAACCAGGAAUAUCGACCUGGUGUCGUUCAGUGUGUGCGACUACAUCGCUAUCCAACAGUUCGAGCUUGAUUCUUCGCUCAGGGUGAACGUCAACGCGUAUGUCUUGGAACAAGUUCGACGUUACAGCAACGAUAUCACGACGAUUUUCGUAAUGAUGGUGACUGCUGAGGGACUUGUGAGCAGGUAUAAGUCCGGGCAACGCAUCGACGACCUUCUCAAGGAACUGGUUGUGUACAUGACUGAUGCCGGGUUCUGGGGUAUUGCCUUCUCCUACAACAAGACCUUGCCCACAGAUCUUGCGACGCAGACCGGGGUUCUGGCGAAAUUGCGUGACGCAAUGAGAAUGGAACAGAGGGCCUUCUACGAAAUCAUGUUGGUGGUACCACUUACCUCCAAGUGGAUUGUAUGGUCUCGAAGCGCCCUCUUCAGCUACAUAGACCAUAUCAUCUUCCUUACUCACAACGAUGCCACCGAGGGACCGUGCAAAAUAAGGUUUUCGUCAAGCUACACUGUGGACAACCUCACAAUCUCCAACGUGACGGACGCUGCGAUGCUCAUAAAUACCCUACAGAAGUCCAAUCGGAGCCUUCCUCACAUGUGUUUCUCCCUAAGCAUGGCUGUGUUGCAGUUCGAUGGUACCAACGCUGAUUCAUACGUGGGCGAUCCCUGCACAAAGAUGUCGGCCGUUCCUUACGAAAGGGCUUGUCCGAAGGACGUCCACGAGGACGAAGUGGUGUCUGCCUUUAUGAAUAUGGGUAGCUACGUGCUCACAUACGAGGACGAAGAAACGCUCGCUAUGAAGAUGGUCGCCCUUUCAGGCUUCUUGCCCAGAGUGUGUGUAGCUACAUUUCAUACGGACAUGGAAGACUUCAAGGGCAACUGCAGCCACCGUCCCCAGGCGUCACGAUUGCGAACCAUAAGAUCCAGCCUAAGCAUACCGGAAAAUGUAGCAAACAGACCAGGCCUGAAGAACCCAUUGCUAUGUACUCUUGGAAAGGCAAGCCGAAUGACGGCAAUGCAUAUGGGACACUGCGAUAUGUUGAUCUUUACUGACGUGGAGUACGACGAAGCAAACCAUAUCGUGAGGGCUGCCCAUAACCAGGAAGCCUUCGCCGGAUUCAUGACCUACCACGAGGGCUCUUUGCACGAGCCAGGGCGACCCAAGCGAGCAGUUGCUCUGGAUGCGGGCCAACCAAAGUCUGGUGCGUACGGCAAUCUGAAGAAACUGGAAGAUCUUGCUCUGCACAUGGCCCUCUGGCUCAACCUGACCAAAUUGGACGGGCUGGCCAUAUUCGCCGAUGUCAUGUCCGAGGAAGUGCUGUUACGUCACACAUUUUUCAUGGAGAAAAUGCAUUCCGCCUUCGUGCAACGCAGACGUGAAAUAAUUCUGAUCUACGGCUCCUCGAUCAUCGAGGGACACAAAAUGUGGCCGAGGUCACGCAUCGCAACCUACGUCGACGUGCUGGUCCUCAUGGUCCACCGAAAUACCUGGACGAACACUCCGUGCAUAAUAGCGAUGCCGAACACGUUUGAUACGACACCCGAGUCUAAGCAGGCAGACAUCUAUCGGAACAGUAUCCGCGGUCUGGAAACCGUCGUGUCCGUGGUACCGGCGGUGGCCGUGUCCAUCCAACUGGCAGUCCGUCAGUUCCGCACGGAUAAAAAAUGGGUGUUGCACGAAACCUGUCUCUUCGAGACUUGGGUCUACUACGAAACGACGUGUGGUGGACCUACAUGGAGCAGGGGAAAUUUCAGCGGGUCCUACCAGACGCGGGACACCAUGACGUUCAGAACAUUCGAGACCGAGGAUUCCGUGCGAAUCAAGGUCAUGCUGUUCAACGAAUGGGUGAAGGGUAUGGGUGUGGUUCUCUUCAACGUCGAGUACGAAAGCCCUUUCACGGCCUGCGGCACCAUGCUGGACGACUUCUCCAGGCUAAAAGCAGCCCGUCGGGCUACGAACACAAAUAAGGGCGUCAACGAGGACAUGCCAGUCACGUUUCCGCCGGUGUUUCCGAAUACGACGGCCCCUGAUCCAAUUGCCCGACCGGAUAAGCUAUCAGACAACGCUAUGGCAUGCAUCUACGGGAAGCACACCACUACGUUUCCGAGAAACUUCCCCAAGCAGAUGUGCGACGCCAUUAUUCUCAUGGCAUUCACUUACUACGGUCCUUCCACUACUAUUCUGCAUGUCACCAACACUCGAGUGCUCAAUGCGUUCCUGUGGCUCGAGAUGAACAUGCAUAAAACUCCUCACUACUAUCUGGGGUUCGAGCCAGAGUCCUUCCACCGUCGUUGGCUCGGCAAUCCUAAGACAUUUCAGCACUUCGCCGAAACAGUGGCUAUAACGAUACACACAAGUGCACCCAGAGUGCACGGUAUCUUCAUGCAGCACGGGAUCCUCGUCGGUGACGACCCCCAACAUUUCUCGAGCAUUAUCUUCCGUACUCGCCAAGAGGUGAAGAAAUUCCGACACGAAGACAUAUUCCUGGUUGGCAUGGCUGCUCUGAUGCCCCUGUACCCCAGAGACUGGGAGCAAAUCAUGUACCUCGUUCAUUACACCAAUCUGACGGUCAUGUUGUCGCACCGGCUUGAACCUUCGACAGGUCCGUGUCGGGUCGACACCCCGUCCACGAUUCAGCGGAACGAGUAUUCUUUGGGUGUCUGGAAGUGGACCCAGAACAUCAUGGUCGCCAUGGUGAACCUCGCCCAUAAGAAAUCCCUGCCGCCUAUGUGCUUCAGCAUCAAUAUGGUGGUCUUGAACUACUCCGUACCAACCUACACAAAUGACUUUGGCGGAUUCUGCCACGACGAACAGUGGACAGGUUAUGCAGAGACCUGCCCAACACUCGUAACCGGCACGUACGUAUCGUCAAGUAAGCUCACCGCGUACACUCGAACCCGAGAUGUCUUCAAGGCUUUCGAGAGCGAAGACACCUUGAGAAUAAAGACAGAAAUGGCUUCCCGCGAGUUUCCGAGAGUGUGCGUAGCUGCGUACAACGUGGAGUUCGAAGACGAAGGUAACUGCACGCAACGGCGUGCUUUCUCGAGAAUGGCAUCUCUGCGGAGAGCGCUCAACAAUAUCAUACCGAAGGUCGGCGUACUCAACAGACGUCGUCGCGGCGCUUACUAUUUCGACCCUUUCAAUCCUUCUCCGCCUCUUCCGAGUAACGAAAGCAUACAACGUACAUACAUAUACGGCGAACCAUCGUACAAGAAGAAAAGACGACGGCGCUCGUGGCAUUUCCACCGGAGGACAUCCAACGAAAGUCACGUCGCCACGGACACAUCGACAGAACCGACACCCAGCGUGUGCUAUUUCAACGCUCCCGCUCCGGGUUUGCCUUGCGUCGCGAAGCACGUGUGCACAUAUACCAUCUAUGAUGCUCCGGACUACGACAAAGCAAGAGGAAGCUUCUAUAGCGCAGAUGGAACCUGGGAGUCCGCAUUUGCGGCCGCUGUUGCCAACAGUAUGAAUUUGGUGAUUGGUACGACAGCCGAGACCCUGUUGAAUUUGUACUACGAGGGUCCGGUGGCACUGGAAGCCUUCUUGAAUUCCAUUCUCAACCUAGCGACGAGAGCAGAUGGUCUUCUUGGCAUCAGCGUGAGCAUCCUACCAGAAAUGGCGACCGCCGAUGUAGAUCACUUCCCAGAUGUCAUUCGAAAGGCGCGAACGUCACUGGACAGCAUGCACUUGGAGGCCAUAUUUGUAGUAUCUCCUGCUGCUAUGGACAACGCUGACCUAAGAAAGCUAGUCGCCGAUACGGCAGAUACGAUCGUGUACGCUGGUAAUGUCGUCGCGAGAACCGUUAAAGGGAACGUCAGUGCGAUCGACGACAGAUUUCCCGGAGGAAUCCUCAGGAGUGACGAGAAGAAUGACGAGUACAGAAAAUUUCCGGACGGAGAUGCUCCAACGAAAAUGUCCUCCAUGGAUGGGCUUCUGGAGUUGUCCCAAGCAGUCAGCGAUAAUUCCUUGCUGUGCGUGAGCAUCAACUUGGCGGUCUACGAGUGCACGAACGACGGCUGCAGGAAGGCCAACUAUUCUGAUACAUGCAAACUUGUUGGCAGAGUGGACCCGGACUAUUCCACAAUGAGAGCAAAGGUUGGGUCCUCCGUGUUCAUCUAUGACAACGAAGCAACGCUCUUAUCUAAGCUCAACUACUUCCGGCAACUGUAUCCGUUCGCAUGCGUUGCUCUGCUGAAUGCUGAUACGGAGGAUCACGGCCGCUCGUGUGGUGCGGGGCUAUCCUUCUCUCGACUCGCUCAAGCUCGAAGCAUGUUGGAUGGUGGUGAAAACAUCACUCCGGUUCCCCUUCACUCCACAACAGGAACAGCACAACCCCAACGUGCUACGUCGGAGACUCCACUGGGCACAGUCACACCUGCUGGAAGUAGAACACCAUACUCUACAGAAGGCAUUGCAUUCUCAGGCACACACCAUGCCACAUUGAUCUGCCUCUCUGGACACGAAGCCACGGUUGCCGACAUAACGCGUAUUCCUGCAACCCUCUGCAACUAUAUCGUGUAUCCUCCAGGCUCUUACGACCACCGACGGCGCACCAUUAAAGCCAUAAAGCCAAUCGACGGGCAUAAAGGAUCUCGCCUCGUGCUCACUCUGAACCCAUCCAGCUUCGCCGACAGAUGGGUGGUCAACGCGACUGAGCUCGUUGCUUUCGCGAACACCCUGUUAGUAUUUAUACGGGACGACCAAUGGACAGCUUUUGGCAUAUUCCUCGAAAAUCCUGACUAUACUUCCAAUGUAGUGGCUGUACAUUCGGCCGUCCUAACACUGCUGAGGCGAAACAAACCGACACCGUUUCAACUGGUCGUAGGCAGCGUCCCGCUUCAGGACGGAAGGGCCUUCUUCGGCCUAGUCCUCGGUGCAGACUUCUUCAUCAUGAUGACUCAGCAUAUCUCGAGAAAGGACUGCACCGUUCAACCCCCGACAAGAACCCCAGCGUUGCGGGCUUUCAUCGCUGACCAGAGCGACAACUCUCUCAUGUAUUUGUGGCGAAACUCGGAGCUACUGCGCGCUCUCAUUUGCGCCCCGAUUAAUUUGGGUGUGUUCACAUACCAACUGAAAGGUCCAUAUUUGGGAAACACGGGCGAUCACUGUGUCAUGGAAGCACAUGGAAACUACGCGCAGACGUGUAACAAGACAACAACCACGGAUGCAAACGCUGCCUAUUACUCCACUCCAACGCAUCUGACGACGUUUGAAAAUGAGGCUACAGUAGUGCUUCGGAUGCUGGAAUUUUAUGACAAGAUCCCUGACCCUUGCGUGGCUGCAUUCUACGCGGAUUCCGAAGACUCUACGGGGUUGUGCACACCAGCAUUCUCGAGACUGAAGGCUAUACGAGCGCGACUUGACGAGUACAGUGUCUCCAAUUCAACUAUGGGAACCACUCCCUUCACCGGGACAAGUGGUGCACCAAGAAGUAAAUCCUCCGAAAGUGCUACAGCGACAACGCCAUCUGCCAGAAGAUUCAGCAUGCAUCCAACGUCAUCCAGAGCAACGAAGGCGAGCAUAACUACUACCGGGCAUCCCGUGGUAUCUAAUACAACAGCUGAAGAUGAAAGGGCGGUUCCAGGACACACAAGUGUUCCACAGUUUGGAAAUACUCUCUUGUGCUUCAUGUCACCGCAGUUGGCAGUUUAUGUCAAGUUCCCUAAGCUCGUCUGCGAUGUCAUCAUAUACGACGCACUCUGCCUCAGGGGCGAUGGACACGAAGUAAUCGAUGCCCAAUGGAAGGCCUUCUUAGAAAUAAGGAAAAUGAUCCAGAGUGAACGUGAGAAGUUCGCUGCAAACCUGGACAGCGAGUGUCUUCUUAAUGCAACAAACACCGAUAAGGAUGUGAAAGCUGUGGUCACGGACGCAGCGUCCCUGCUUGUCACUUAUAAUUUAUCUGCUGGAGCCGUGGUCGUCCAGGACAGCCGGCACGAGUCUGUCGUGCCGUAUACUAUCCUUUUGCAGCAAUACCGGUUCCGAAUGAAUGAGCUUAACAGAGAUGGUACACUUAUCUUCGGAGCAUCUCCAAACUACCUUGCGAACAACAUCGUUUUGAAGGCAAUUCUCCAAACUGUGGACAUCCUCAUCUACGUCGAUCAUCACACCAUCACUAGGGAUGAGCCGUGUAGAGUGAGCUACCCGAGCGGCAUGUUCUUCGAGAACGAGAAUGACCGCGCCGUGGAAAGCAUGCAACAGAACAAGGACAAAAUAGUUUGCAAGUCGGUCAACAUGGCGGUCUUUCGUUUUGCCAUAGAAGGAACGAACGACACAUUCGGCUCUCUAUGUCGGCAAGAAAUCAUGGACAGUUAUGGGCAGGUUUGUCCUUCACCAAGAGUCGGAGCAGAAGACGAGCCUGCCUGGUUUCCCAUCCACUACAAGGACAGGUUCAACCUGAUCACCUACGAAAGUGAGACGACCCUCCAGGAAAAGAUCCUGGCACUGCGGAAGUCAGUGACACGCGCCUGCAUCGCUGCCUUCCACGUCGAGUUUGAAGUGCCCACAGGAAAGUGUCCGCACCGCCCUGCCUUUUCCAGGAUAAAAGGAAUGAGAAACGUCCUGGACAAUCCUGUAGACUAUAUUCCUCCGUACGUACCCGAUCACGAGACAGGGACAACCGGUACCGUUUCAACGACUUCUGGCUAUAGAAGGCUCGCCAAUGAACCGAGUGCACAAGCUCGACUCGUCUGCUUCCUUGCUCCACCUGUAAAGACAUUGCAGAAAUACCCAUCGUACCUGUGCGAUUAUAUCGUUUACCAGAGCUUGGGUUACAAUAUUUCAUCAAAACACAUGUCCUUGUCAGACGAAGUAUCUUGGACGAGGUUCUUGAAGCUGAAGAAGCCUCUUUCAACAAGGCUGAUGGUGUCUAUUGAUAGUCAGUCCAUCGUUAAUGUAACAAGAGCAAGCGCCGUCGACAUCUUCGUCAAUGAAGUACAGGUCUGGCUCCAAAAUCACCACAUCAGAGGCGUGGGAGUGCUCUUCGAUUCACAGGACGAUGCUCUUCAUGGUUACGAAACAUUGAAGGUCCUUCGUGAGCGCCUUGACCAAUUCCAACAUGGGGCAUACGUACUUCUCAUCGGAGCCUCGGCCGCUCUUCCCGUUCACCUUGUUCAGUUGGCCCAUACUUUUGUGUUCGUGACCAACCACGUUCCGAGCGCAACGUCAUGUCAGAUCAGCUACCCAUCCGUCACCACGCACGUGUCGACACUGUCGGAACCAUUGCUGCUGGCAAAGAGCCUCAGGGAAGUGGCGGGCAACGUGAGCGUCUGUCUCUCCAUCAACCUCGCCAUCCUGGUCUUCUGGCAGGAGACAAUGGACAGAAGUGUCGGUGCAAAGUGCAAACGAGGCGCAGAGACGGACUUUGCUGAGCUCUGUAAGCAAGCCGAAGUGAAGAUAACCCCAGACAAAGAAUGGAUGAGCGCCUAUCUUCAGACUGAUGAAAACAACACGCUAUACACAUUCGAGACAGGAGACAUGUUGGCUACUAAAGUGUCCUUCUUCAAGUCCUGGUUCCCGGACAUCUGCGUGGCCGCCUUUCAUACGGAACGAGACGUGUAUGAGUAUCCGUGUCCUCGUCUGCCCCCUUUCUCGAGGCUUAUCAAGAUCGGGGAUACUCUCUACGGUAACCACCCGGAGUCUACGUCUUAAUAAAAUGUAAUCCAUA